CGUGACUAUUGCCCAGCAUUAAGGAAGGAGGGCGAAGGUUUGGAGAAACGGGUCAGAGGAGAUACAGGGGCUCGAACAGCUGUUACUUUAUAUACAUCUAAUCCUUACGAGCUUGGGACGCUGGCCACCAUGGCUGAUGAUUUGAGAAGAUAUCUCUACAAACAGUUGCCAAGUAUUGAAGGUCUUCAUGCUAUUGUGGUGACGGACAGGGACGGCGUCCCAGUUAUCAAAGUUGCCAAUGAUAAUGCACCUGAAUACGCUCUGCGACCUGGCUUCCUGUCCACCUUUGCUCUGGCCACCGAUCAGGGCAGUAAGCUGGGCCUGUCCAAAAACAAGAGCAUCAUCUGCUACUACAACACCUACCAGCUCGUGCAGUUCAACCGGUUACCCCUGGUCAUCAGUUUCAUCGCCAGCAGGACUGCCAACACAGGUUUGAUCAUCACUCUGGAGAAGGAGCUGGUUCCCCUGGUGGAGGAGCUGAGGCAGGUGGUGGAGGUGGCCUGAGGAGCUGCUCCGCUGCAGAAGCACCAGUCUGGGUUCCUUCACACCAGCACACACCUCUGGCUGCUUAAGCUACAUGUGAUCUGUGACACUGACGAUACCAUGUUUGAUUCCUGUCUGUACAAUGUACCGGCUGUCUGUCUGCUUAAUUUAUGUCCUAACUCGGCUUCUUUUCUAUUAAUAAACUUUGGGUGCACUUAAUACUGUGAAGUUACAUUUUUAUUAAU